UAGAGUAGAGGAUACGCUUUCUUCCAUUCAGGGAUGCCUAAUUUAUGUCGAUGAAAAAAAGGAAAAGUUUUAUUCGACCAAAGAAGCGCCGAUAAAAGGAAAGCAGUAAAUAAAGAUGCUUAAGAUUUCAAGGCUGGAUAUCAACCUGCCUGCAGACCUAGUUCAGACAUGUGCUGGUGUGAGGGAGAGCCAGCUCUGCAAGUUUAUUGCAACAAACAGUCAGGGAGAGUUUCAGCACAGCAUUGAGGUGCGUGGCAAGCAGAACAAUGUGAUCUCACUGGAGCUUUCUAACCUGUCAAUCUCCUUCCAAGAUGGACACUUUGUGGCUGAAGUAGAGCAGGCACUGAAAGUGUUUCAGGGAAGAUCAGAGACUGAGAAUGAGGCUGUUAUUCCAGAUGCCCACGUCACCAGCAGUCAAAAUGCAGAACUGGAGAGCAGUCACUCAGACAGUGGUCAACCACCUGACCAGGUGACCCCUCAAGACCAUUAUGUAAGUCAAGUUCCCAUGGCGACAAAUGUUACACAGGGCCAUCAACCUACUCCCGAGCCUUCUCCUCGGAGAUUAUUUAGAAAUAUUUCUAGGAAAAGACCUGCUGAAACUGUCACAAGUGGUGCAAUGAAAUUCCCAAGAAUUAUCCAAGAGGAGAGACUGCUAAGUUUAACAUCAGGCACAACUACCACAGCACUGACACAACAAACACAUUCGGACACAAAACAGACUGAGGAAGUCAGUGUAGAGGAGUCUAGGCAUGAUAUUGUUGAAGUGAAGGUAGAAACUGAUGAUGAUGAUUAUGAAGACUUAACUGGUGCUAUUGAUGACAGUACAGGUGACAGUGCUAAUAAGCCGUCAUCUUCGUACAUUCACAGUGUUCCCAUGGUGUCACAAGCACUAGCCUCACAACACGUUGUAUUAGGACACAGUUCUUCAUCCACUGGGCACCACACUGGUCAGCACACAGCAGUCCAGCACAGUGGUCAAGCCACAGCCAGAAGACAAGAACAGGUAAAG